UAACGGAGCUGAAGUGCGCAGCAGAGUCAGAAGUUCUCCAUCAGGACCAGAGGGAGAACCGGUUCAUGGACGUUUUUUAUUUCAGGAGUUAAAUGUUUGUCUUAGCACAUGUCUGUGGGAAAGACCGAUAACACGGAGCAGUUAGUCCAACGGCAAACAUGAGCCCGAUUUUGUGCCUUUUGCUCCUCUUUCUGCGGACCGCGGAGCUCCGUCAUGCCCACACAGCCCGGGAGUUGCUGCGGGCGGAGGAUGCUGGCAGCCCGGCGGCGGCGGGGACAAAGGGAAGGACGCCUCUGGAGCGGGUUCAAGAGAGCUCAGGAGUCCCCGACCUGAAGCGGGUCGCCCGGGGAGCCAAAGAUAGGAACUUAGGGAAGAGAGACCCGCACACACCGAGGCGGUACGAGGACCCGAGCGGUUACUUCACCACACCGCGGAUCGACCCGCCCGCCCCGCCGGGUAACUCUUCCUCGGGCCACGGGCUCCUCAACCCGCUGUUCCCGGUCACCGACGGCUCCUACUGGGCGUACGCGGUCAUGCUGCUCGCGCUCGUGCUGUUCGCGGCGGGCAUCGUCGGGAACCUCGCGCUCAUGUGCAUCGUGUGGCACAACUUCUACCUGAAGAGCGCGUGGAACUGCAUCCUGGCGGGGCUCGCGUUCUGGGACUUCCUCGUGCUGUUCUUCUGCCUUCCCGUGGUCGUCUUCCACGAGCUCACCCUGACGAGGUUGCUAGGAGACCUGUCCUGUCGGCUCGUGCCCUACCUGGAGGUCACCUCUCUGGGCGUGGCCACCUUCAGCCUCUGUGCUCUGAGUAUCGACCGUUUCCACGCGGCCACCGGCCCCGGGCCCCUUCAGACGCCGAAGGUGGAGCCCUGCCAGUCCAUCCUGUCCAAGCUGUCCGUCAUCUGGCUGGGCUCGUUGGUGCUGGCCGCCCCCGAGCUGCUGCUGUGGCAGCUCCUCCAGGAGACCGUCAGUCUGCCGACGCUCCCCAGCGACCUGCAGCAGAGCCAGCCCGGGGGCUCGCUGAUGGCGGCCUUCAGGGCCCGGACAGACAAACUGAAGGUGGAUGUCUGCGUCCGCGAGCCGUCGGCGGAGCUCCCAGACAGCAUCUACUCUCUGGUGCUGACCUACCACGAGGCCCGCAUGUGGUGGUUCUUCGGGUGCUACAUCUGUCUGCCUCUGCUCUUCACGCUGGCCUGCGACUUGGUGACGAGGCAGGUGUUGUCCCAGCGUCUGCCGCAGAAAGCCGGCGGGGAAAAGGCGACCGGCCGCUGCUCCUCCUCCUCC